AUGGAAUCUCUCAAGAGAUUCGCGAACUGCACUCAGAAGCAAAAUGAGUCUGUGAACGAUUACAGAAGACGGUUCGAAGCUCAAGCGGACCAAGUAUUCAAAAUCCUUGGCACCGAUGUGUUGCAUGUCUAUGCGACCAAAACAAUGGGGUACCUGGAUCUGUACGAUCCGGAGGAUGGUCCGGACGAUACCAAGGCACUUCAAGAGACGUUCAAGAAGGAAGUUCUGGAAACAUUUAAGGCCAGCGCAUUCUUCUACAACUGCGACAGGUCUCGCUUCCAAAGCAUGUUGGACAAGGCAAAUCAGACCUACGCCAUGGAAUUCAAGGACUACGAACAAAGAAAUGAAUACCCGACUACGAUUGAUCAGGUCGCAAAAGCGCUGAUCAAACAUAAGCCGGACAAUCGAGGAAAAGGUCCAACGACACCAAGAAAUACUCCAAGAACCAACACUGCAAGCGGUAGUGUCCCUGACGGAGUGAGCAACGCACAAGCGAAUGCUCGAACGACUACUCGAACAACAUCUUCACGACCGGCUUUUAGUUGCUGGUGUUGCGGAGAUACUGGCCAUGGGGUCACCCGUUGUCCCGAGCGCUCCACGCGCCCACAAGCGGAAUGGAGCGACCCAGGGCGAUACAGCGACACACCCACUACUACUACUUCAAGAAGAGCGGGGAGAGCCAAUCUCCAAGUCCCUGCGGCUGCAUCUGCGGCGCAGUCGGAUGCCGCGUCUAGCGUCACGGGAAUGCCAUCAACUGGUCAACAACAUCGAAGCAAUAUGCAACGAGCUGUUGUUGACAGGAGUGGAAAUGACACUUCUGGUCCUACUGAUGUACCCGGCUCUUAUGUGGUACGCGGCAGAUCUGUUGCUGAUGGACGAUCUAACGGUAGAAUUACAGGAUGGAACCUUGCACAAGUACGUGCAAGACCGAUUCUGAAGAAGAAAGCAGUCUCCACUGAAGACAGGGGAGAGUUGCUAAUGAAGAAAUGGCAAGCACAACUAGACGCUGCCAGUACUUUCAAGGACGAUGACAGCAUGGUCAGCGAUGGAAGCUUGAACAUGCAGAUCUACAAGUCGACCUCGAAGAUGGAUUCAUUGAAGCACUGUUCUCAAUGGACCAAAGACAACAAGA